UCUGACAUUCUGAGGCACGCUUAAAAAUCACUGCGAAGCAAUACACCCUAAAAACAGAGCAAAAUAAUAGAAGCACCGCAAUCAAAUAUAUUUGGAAGUUAUACCGUUUAUCGCUCUGGUUACCAUCUCGCCUACAUUGCUACAGUUUUCGAAAAACCUCUAAAUUCUGUGCUUGUUUGUAGGCGGUUUCUAAAUGUAAUCUAAACAGCAAGUCGCCAUAGCCCGGACGGAAUAAUCAUAAAGUGAUAAUAACAUCGGAAAUGAACUGUGACUCUCAAGAAUGUUAACAAAUGUGAACUGUGUAUUGACUCCUCUCAGUCUACCUUGCUAGACCUGCAACUGCCGCGGCUAUGACGCAUGAAAACAACAUGUCCAAGCAAGAAAUGACAUAACAAAAAGUACUAUAAAAUCUAAUAUAAGUGAUGCAUAUCAAAUGACUUAGUAUAUAACUAAAUAUCAAACAAAUACAUAUCAUAAUUGUGCCUGUAGAAUAAUAUAAAAUAUCUCGUAUUUACCUUGAAAUUAUAAGAGCAUUUUACAAUAUUUUGGCAAUUUUAAAUAAGAAUAGUAUAAUUAUAUGAAUAUUAAUAACUUGUAAGUGCAAAUACUGGACUGAAACUUGAACAUUGUACAACUACCUCGUUUUGGGAGACGACAUCGUUUGGAGUGGUUUACAAGCAGAGGAUCAACUUAUUCGAAUAAAAACAAAAGUGCUACGGCGCUAAUAUAAAAACAUUCGCGUAUAGCAAUUGUUUAAGAAUCUAAAUUGAUUAGUCAAUUAAUAUCGUGUCGAGCAACGAGCGUAGAGCUGCGCCGUUGUCAACACGUUGACAUCGAACCCGCGACGCGUCGCGCGCGGUCCUUAACCUGUCGCUGCAAUAGUCGGUGCUCGCCAGAGUCACGUGACUCGGCCGGCCCGCCCAGCCACAGCCGUGGAUAACCUCGGCCAGAGCCCCCUUCCGGUGAAGAGGCUGCACGAAGCGCUGCAGAGUGCGCAAGUGAAGCGCCAGCGGCUUUCCCCCCCGUACCCCGCACCCCCCGCCUCUCUCCACCCCAUCCACCAGCUCGCGGUGCACCAGCACAUCAAAGUGCAGCAAAGCAUAGUGCAGCAGAGCAUCGUGCAGCAGCACCAGUUGAACCUGGCCCACCAGUCGCUGCAGAACCUGCAAGCGCAACAGAACCUGCAAGCUCAGCAGAGCUUACAGGCAGCCCAGAGCCUCCAGGCGGCUCAGAGUCUGCAGGCGGCGCAAAGCCCUGCAGCAACGGGUGGCGCAGGCGCGCAGCAGGCGGCAGGAGCGACACAAGGCGCGCUGGUGCCGCCGCAGCAGCCUUCGCCCCGGCCCGCUUCGCCGCAACACAAGAACAUGGAGCUCGCGCUCUGUCAAAGCAUGGACUCCGUCAACACCGCCACCACUGAGGAAGAGGUGCGAACGUUGUUCGUCAGCGGUCUGCCCAUGGACGCGAAGCCGCGAGAACUCUAUCUACUAUUUCGAGCGUACGAGGGCUACGAGGGCUCCCUGCUAAAGGUUACCAGCAAGAAUGGGAAAACAGCUUCGCCGGUCGGUUUCGUCACGUUCCACACUAGAGCCGGCGCCGAGGCAGCCAAACAAGAUCUUCAGCAGGGCGUCCGGUUCGACCCCGACAUGCCGCAAACGAUUCGGCUGGAGUUCGCUAAAAGCAACACGAAGGUCAGCAAGCCGAAGCCGGCAGUUGCCACAGCCGCGCCAGCUGCACACCCCGCAUUGAUGCACCCACUCACUGGACACCUAGCGAGUCCGUUCUUCCCGGGCGGCGGCGCGGAGCUGUGGCACCACCCGCUGGCGUACGGCGGCGAGCUGCCGGCGCUGUCGCACGGACUGGUGCACCCCGCCAUCCACCCACAGAUGGCGCCAGUCCGAUCCUACCUCUGACUAGCUGCCGCCGAUAGGCCACACCACACCCCCCUGACGCUGGGUGCUUGCGUGCUGCCCGCGCCCGCGCUGGGGUCCCCCGGCGCAGCGGUGCCGGCGCACACUGGGCCCGCUGCACAUCCCGCGCAUCCCGCGCCUCCCUGCUCGACGCUAUUCGUCGCCAACCUCGGACAAUUCGUCUCCGAACAUGAACUAAAGGAAAUUUUUAGCAGCUGCCCGGGGUUCACUCGCCUGCGACUGCUGAGUGGCGGCAGCAGCGGCGGCGGCAGCUCGGGUCCGGUGGCUUUCGUCGACUUCGCUAACCCGUCGGACGCGGCCACCGCGCUGGCUCGCCUGCAGGGCGCGCUGCUUCUCAGCUCUGAAGGCGCCAUCCACCUCGAAUUCGCGAGGCAUAAGAUGGCUCACAACGGCUGGAUUCUCGCACACGAAGGAGCCAAAGGCGGAGAAGAGGGCGAACAGCAUUAACUCGUUCGUAGCUCUCGGCACUUGACAACCAGCUCACUGAGGGACGCGCUAUCUGGAUCCUCUGCAUCGCAUCGGGCCGGCGGCACCAGGAGACCGGGCAGACCAUCACCCGCAACCCUUACGUCCUCACUAGAAGCUCUGUCUCCUAUUUUGUUAAGUUUACUGACUCCCUGCGUCAGAGGUGUGGUGUUAUUCGUUUAUACCAAAAUUAGCAAGUGUUAAUUGUAUUAUUAUUAACAUUCCAGGUUAUUGUUUACUGUUCAUGGUAAAAUAAUAUUAUUUUAAUCUAUUAAUUUCCUAUAAAUGUAGCAUGUUUAUUUAAUUUUAUUAUUCGAUUUAUCAUGUAACAUAAGAUUUAUUUACAACUAACUUAUUGUACGGUAAAGUUUGUAUAUUUGUUUUUACAAGGCCGAUGUAUACAACUGAGAGGAUUUAUUAUGGAUAUAGUUUAUUACCAGAAAUUAAACAUUUUAGGAUAUAUCUCAUUCGAGUAAGCUAAAAACCAAAGGUGCCCUUCAUAGAAAGAUUACGUUUUGUUAAAUGAUAUUUCAAGUUGAAUGAUUUAAAUGAAUUUGUAUGUAAUGAUACGAUACUUUUGUUUUAGCCUCGAUAAUGUUAGCGUAUUUAAAUGAAUUUCAUGACUAUUUCAAAUUAUAUUUACCCAAUACUUUCUUAGUAAUGUUUAUAAUAUUCAAUCACUCGUUAAAGCGCUGGCACUCUAGUGUUGGUCUUACGGUCCUUUCUAUCUGUAAAUUAAAUAAUUGUAAUGUUAUAAUGUUUGACUAGGACUUGAUGCGAUAGGACGGGGAAGCCCUCGGAGCCGCUUGUCGAGUGCAACAGGACAGUGCCGCUGAACAGUCGCGCGACGUGCGCACGCGCAUCCUCUCCUACUUGUUCUGUUAUCUCUCUGUUCGAUGAGUUUGUUAUGACCUUUCUCUACUUAGGUGAAUACCAAAAUUUCUUGUGCCUUGCGAAAAAAAAAUCUUAAAAUCGAAUUUAGAUUUUACUCCAGACAUGGUGGUCAGUGAAGUUUGUUUAUUUGUACGUUCUGUAUUGUACCACUACGGGUUCCCUCACUCUUCGCGGUUAGUAUGCGAUGCGACACAAUCGAGAUCAGUUCAGUCUUGUCUCUUGUUGCGAGAAUUUAGCCUUGGCCUUAUGAGAGUUAAAUAAUUAAAUGUAAUCAUUAUAUUAAUAAUUAAUAUAUAGUUGAAACUAGCCGGCGACGUGCGCGCCGACGCUGAAUAGUAAAACGUUAUUCUACUAUCUGCAUGCUUUGACGAGCUUUUUGGUAAUAAUCUAAUUUAAAAUGUAGUAGUUACUUUUAUUGUGUAAUCGUUAGGUGAGUAAUAUAAUGUUAGAUAAGGGUAUUUAUUGUAGACAAUCAGCAUAGUUACAUUACUAUUUAAUGAAAGUUAUUCAUACAUAAUAAUGAAACAAUGUAAUGAAAUUUAAAUUUACUGAAAUGUUAGGAUUAAUCAAAAUGAAGAUUAAUAUAUUUUUUAUUUUUAGCUAGUUGACUAUCGCAUUCAGAAUGAUUACUUAGUUACCUACGUGUCGACAUAAGUACACUACAAUGCGAGAUAGCAAUAAACCAAAAAUGAAAUAUUAAUGUUAUUAUAGGUACCUAUUUAGUGACGUAUUCUGCUGAUGUAAACGUAAAAUUUACAAAAAAAAAGUAAAAAAAAAUCCCUGCUUAGGCUAUAAAAUAAGGUUUUGGAUAUUUGGGUUACAAUGUUGACGCGACAGAAAUCUGUUGAGGUACUCAUGCGACUCUCGUCGGUCGCCGGCCAGAGACUCCGCAUGUGAAUUCUUAUGAAAUCUCUUAGUCAAUAUUUAAUAGAAAUUUCGUCAAUUUUUGACUUAGCAAAAUUUUAUACAUUGUUUAUAGUAACUGUAAUAUCACAAUGUACCGAACGUCGUGGCGUAUAGACCAAAGAUAAAGGAUUAUACAUAAUUUUAAUACUAACCUCAGACCGUACCAAACUUGUAUUUUGUAGGCUCAUUGUACUGCGACGUUAAGUGGACACGACAAAUAUUUGAGAGCCACAGCAGUGCAAGCAGACAUCAUUUGUUACGACACACGUAAGGCUGAUGCCGCGGUGAUACACGAAGACACCUAGGAUAGGCAUCUUAUUGUACUGUUUCCAUUGUUACCUACUUUUGCUAAUGUUAGAGACGAAACAAUCAAUUUAUUAAAUUAAAUAUACAUUUCGAUUCAGUUUUAUACCCAAGCCAUUAAUAUCAAAUGUAAAUCAAACAUGUAUUAUAAUAUUUUAUGUCACAUGAAAUCUCCAGACAGAUUCUGAUUCUCUUAUAUGUAUAUUAUUCAUUAUUCAUUGUGGGUUAUAAUGUUAAGCUAAGUCAAUGUUCACUUAUUUAAUUCGAUAUAUAAUGCUAAUUCGUGUGUAAGUAAUUGUGUAAUAAUGUAGUAGUGAUCUCCCAUACCUUCGGCGAGCGGCGUCCUCAGGCGCAUACUGAAAUACAACGAAAAGUUUAUUUUUUCUUUUCAGUUGUCUUGCGUUACUUUGUCGAUGGCUCUAUUGCCUUUUUGACGAUCAAUUUUAAGCUCUCUUCUGUCAAAUGUGUGUCAUCUCUUUGAAAUCUCUAUGAUAGUUUUAUUGUAACCUGUAGAGACAUCGACAGGCAACGGUUAGUUUAGCGAGCCCGGCCCGGCCACGGCGCGCGCGUUGCGUGGCGGGCGGGCGGUGCGCGCAGGACGCCGUCGCCGCCAUGAUUCCGUCCAACAACCUUAGAUAGCGAGUAAGAGACGUCCAGUGGCUGCGGACACGGCUACGUCACCUUUUGCGGGACUACUCGAUACAUAUCAUCAUGUAAUAUUUAAUGUGUAAUUAGGAAUUAAAAAGCGGUUUCAUAGAGGCGUUUAUUCUGUAUUUCUCGUCUACUACUUAUAAUGCAAUCGGCUAUGUGUCACGCUAACCUACUUUUGCGUUUCCGACAUAAUAUAUCAUUCGCUUUGCUGUCGUUUAUCCUUUUAUUCGGAAUUAUCUCUAGUUCUGAUUAAUUUUACUUGUAAAGGAUUUAAACACAAAACUAAUUGUAAACCUCAAAAGAUAUUUUCUUAACGUUUACUGUGAAAUCGAGUAGCUAGAUGGUGUUCGGAUCGUCGUUGUUUAUAUAAAGACGCGUGACAUUGGCCCGCAUGUGAUAGGGUAGUGUAGGGGUGUAGCGUCGCCUUGCAAGUUAGGUUAAGUGAAGCGGUAUCACACAAACGCCGUGCAUCGGAAACAUAUCAAUUCUGUGCCCCUUAAUAAAUUUAGUUAAAUACUAUUCUAAGAGAUACAAUAUGGAUAGAAUAAAGAAGACAAAAUAAUCGGAGUAUCAAAUACCUGCUAAGUGUUGUUUUCGUACGUUAAUGGUUAGAUUGUGUUAAAUAAACGUGGAUCGUAACGCAUAGUCCCCGAGUAGUGUCGCGCAACUUCCCUUGUUUGUGGCCGCGCGGCCGCGGGCCAGCUGUACGCGGCUGUACGCGACUGUACGCGAGUGUACGUGCGUGUACGCGCCCGCGCCGCGCCGUGCGGUCCUUUAUUGUUAUUUAGAUAAUAUAUUGACAUGGCUUCUUUACCAAAUUAUUUUAACAGUUCGCUUCGUAUUCAGUAUUAAAUGACAUUUUGUUUUAAUUUCGGCGACAAGAGUUAGUGCGUUGCUGAAAACUGAUUUGUAUAUCGAGCAAAAUAAACCAUACAAACUAUAUAGUUAGUAAUUAAUUGUUAGAUUUGUGUGACUUGAUUAUUUAAUGCUUUUAGAGCAGAGGUAAAGUGUUAUUGUGGUUUAAGAAAAACAUAAUGACAUUGUAAAAAUAGUGAUAAAAUUAGCUUAAUUAUCAUUAUUACAACUUUUAUAGAUGUUCAUUAAUUUUCUUUUCUUACUUCAUGGAGUAUUGUGGCAUUGGAGACGUCAUUGUUAAUUCAAAUAAAUUUGAGCUCAUCCUCAAUCGAAGUUUUUAUUCAUGAACCCUGUCUGCGUCAGCCCGCUACCGAGCUACUGAGCUACUGAGCUACUGUCUCCAAGUCGAGUCGAGAACAACUGUACGAAGGUACUCAGACCUUAUAGGAAAAUGUUUUAUAAAUUAGCCCGUAGGUAACAGAUCUUUUAUUAAAUAGAUAAAUAUAAUCAUUGUUUUCUCGAACGAUCUUAUGUUCAAUAUUAUGUGUCUAAUAGUUAAUAAAAAUAGUACUUUAUAGGUGUCUAGUUUAGGAUAACUGAAAUUAGAUAUAAAAUUAACAGUUAUGCUUUUAAAACGUUGCUUUGUAGACAUGUCUGCUUUAGUGCCUCCUUUUGUAAAAUGAAUUCGAGAAAAAUGUAUUUGAUCACAAUGUUACUUCUUCAAUUUAGUUUACAAAAGAGGCACAAUACGAUGAAAUAUGAAAACUCUUUAUUUCCAUAAUAAUUAUUGCAAUGUUGUAUUUAUGUUAUUAUUAGUUUUAAAGCAUUAUAGGGUCCAAAGAUUGGGAAUAAACAUUAUGUGACAAUUAA